AUGGCGGUGCAGGGGGUGUGCACUGAUCUUGAGGGCUUGGCAGCCUUGUGGGAUGGCUGUACCCAGGUCCGCGCGAGGAUCAGGGAGUUUCGCCAGAUGUGCUUGGAGAAGCCUGCAGCAGAUGAUGAGAAGCCUUCUGCUGGAGAUGUGGGCAGAACAGUGGCCAAUCUGAAGUUCAACAGCUGCGUGAUUGAGCCAUUGGCAAAAAUCAUGGUCGAGAAAGGUGCCUCGCAGUUGAUUCCUUGCAUCAUGGCUCUGCUAGCUGAAGUGAAAAAGGUGCAUGAGGACAAUGGGAGCUUCAUGUCCAAGAAAGAUCUCAAGGAUCAGGCAUGGACUGUGCGCUACCUCUUUGGGGUCUUGAAGCGGCUCACAUACAAAGAUGCACCUCCAGCAGAGUCUUAA